UGCUGGUUAGGGUUUAGGGUUUAGCCAUAGCACCGACCAUCUUGCCCUUUAUUGGUUGAGUUUCUUACUCCGGCGGUGGUUGGUCUGCGAAUGGGCAAUUUGUUCCGAUUGGUGGAUUACAGAGAAUUAACAAAUGAUAACUUCUUUCAGAGAAGUCUACUCGGUUGCCUCGCCGAGGCUGGCUUUGUACUGUGAUGCAGUUUGAAUCAGUUCAUCGGCUGAUUUUUUUGGGUUAUCGCCCAAUCCUGGGAUGUCUCAGAAAUUAUAUUGUUGCGCCUUCUCAUCUCUAUCCACUAGGAAAAAGUUAUCUUUCAUGUCCAGCCUAAAUACCAUCUCUACCUCUUGUUUAGCUGUUGUGGACACUGAUUUUUCAUCGGACGACAGUGCCGCGGCGCCUGAGUCGAUCAAUUACAGUGAGUUGCAGCAGAGAAUGCAGAGUCAUGCGAACUCUGGAAGCAUUAGCAAGGCGCUCGAGGUUCUGAAUUUCGUGAAGGAAAAUGUGCCGGGGAAACCGUCGGUGUACGAUUAUAAUGCGCUGCUCCGAUGCUAUUUUCGGUCGACAGGUGUGGCUGUUGGUGAGGUGCUUGAGGUUUAUGCUGGGAUGAAGAAAUUUGGACCGAAUCCGAAUUUAUUAACUUAUAACACGAUUUUACAUGGAAUGGUUUUUAUCGAGAGGUUAGAAAAUGCUGUUUUGAUUCUAAAGGAAAUGAUUUCCAGUGGGUUUCUGCCUUCCUACACAAUUUUAUUGAAGUUGCUCAAGAAGCUGCUGAAAUUAGGACGUGUAGUGGAAGCUGAUUGGGUGCUUGAAAUUAUGUGGAGUCUAAAUUGCAACCCAAGCCAGCAUUGUUUAAGUGCCUUGAUUCAAAGUCUUUGUAAAGCAGGUAUGGUCCAAAGAGCAUACUCUGUGUUCUCAGCAAUUUCAGGGAAGGGAUACUUCUGUGGAGGGUUGCUUUACAACCCUAUAUUGUGGGCUUUAUGCAAAUCUGAGCAGGUAUAUGCAGCCUUGUCGUUUUUUGGUUUUCUAGAGAAGAAGGGUUAUGGGCACUCGGUUUACUCCUAUGCUUCUUUGGCUUAUGGCUUCAGUAAGGGAAGGUUAUGGGAUGAAGCUUUUUGUUGUUUAGGUAAAAUUGGAAGUACUGGUUGUAAGCCUAAUCUGGUAACUUACACUGUUGUUAUUAAGUUUCUAUGUGAUGAUGGGAAAGUGGACGAGGCACUGAGCCUUUUGGGCCAGAUGGAAGAGGAAGGAUGCAAAGCUGAUUUGGUUCUGUAUAAUAUAAUUCUUCGUGGACUUUGUCAUGAAGGUAAGGUGAGCGAAAUUGUUUAUCUACUUCGAGUUAUGGAUCAAAAGGGCUUGUCACCAGACAAGUAUACUCAUGCUGCAUUGGCUGGAGGCAUGCUGAAAAGCGGCAGGGUGGAUGUUUGUUGUGAGCUGUUUCUUUCAAGGAGUUACUCUGUAGAUGAUGUUGUUUAUAAUAUAUAUUUGCAUUCCAUGUGCCUAAGUGGCAGGUCGAGAGAAGCUUUGUGUGCAAUGCUGAGAAUGACGGAUAAGGGUUUGAGACCUAAUAAUGUAUCAUAUAACAUUAUUCUGAAAGGAUUGUGCAUGGAGAAAGACAUGGAUAAAGCUCUGAAAUUCUUAGUCGGUUUCACUUGGCCUAACAAUGGGCCUGAUUUGAUCUCCUUCAAUACAAUUUUGUCAGCUGCCUGUAAACUGGGUAAUUCAUCAAUAAUUCAGCAGAUUAUGUUGCAGAUGGAAGAUAAAAGUGUUCAGUUUGAUGUUGUAAGUUUCACAUGUUUGAUUCAGUAUUAUUGUUCGAUAGGAAAGAUCCGAGACUGCUUGAAGCUCGUACAUUUCAUGAUGAAUACUGGUCCACGGCCUAAUACAAUUGCUUUUAAUACCCUCCUUGCUGGACUCUGCAAGAAUAAACUACUUGGAGUGGCAGAAAAAGUUUUCUACACUUUUGUAGGCAUUGGAGUUUUACCUGACACAACUACAUAUAAUAUCAUGAUUCGGGCUUCCAUAAAAGAAGGAAAUGAUUCGCUGCUCUAUGAGCUUUCAAGGGACAUGAAUAUCCGGAAAUUGAAGCCAGAUAUUGGGAUCUUCGGUUGUUUUAUUUAUAGCCUUUGUAAAAGAGGCAAGAUAUCAGUUGCUAUUCGCCUUCGAAACCAAUUUCAGGAGAAUGGAAUUCCUCUUAAUAUAUUUGUUUACAACACAAUAAUGAAAGCAAUGUUCCUAAGAGGAAUGUUUUGGGAAAUCCUCUCUCUAUUGAAAGACAUGGCUAUGGAUGGCUGUGAGCCAAAUGAAGGUUCUUUUGACAUGCUGAGACAAGCGAAGAUGAAUGGUUGGAUGAGGAGUUUCCCUAGAGCAGUUCGAAUUCUAGAGUUUGUCAUGUGUGGCUACUCGUCCAGAUAUUCAAGUACACACAGAAUGGUUGAUGAAGCUGCAUUUCAAUUGAAAAAAAACAAAGAAGGGAAUGUCGGAUGAAGCUGGAUAUUAUGACACCUAGUUGUAAUGAAAAAUUCAGAUUCUCUCCUUGAGAAUAUGUUUCAGCAGGAUUUGCUGGCCAUUCAAGCUUGCUGAGGGUCACAAACAUCGUGAUGAAAUAUGCUUGCGUUCAUGAGCUGAGAUCCAGACAUGAGGAUGCAAUCCCUAUUCUUAUUUCCCCUGCAAGUUGCGCAUCAUGUUCAUAUGCAGAUGCAGCUUGAUUCUGAGCCAUUUGACCGAAGGCCUUCCUGCUUGCAAUCACCCAAACCAUGAUCUGUUAUGACAACUUUCACUCCAUUGUGGGAGCAGUAGUAGCUGCUGGUACACCUAACCUUAAGAAG